GUUAGCAUGUUAGGAUAAUCCAGCGUCCUGUAGGAGCAGAUUGGUCUUCGAAAAGUGUUUGGAGCUAUUGUUCUCUUCCAUCCCUGACUCGUGGAUGUUUGUAAAAUGUCCGGGGCUCAGGAUCUUUCAGUUUUUCCUGUAGAGGACCAGAAGCUUUCAGGAAGUAAAGAGCAUCAGGAGAUGAGCUCCAGUCUGAUCCAGGAGGUUAUCAUCAAAGAAGAACAGGAGGAACUGUGGAGCAGUCAGGAAGGAGAGCAGCUGCAAGGGCCAGGAGAGGCGCCUAUAGACAUGUUCCCCUUUUGUCCCGUCCCUGUGAAGAGUGACGAUGAUUUAGAGAACCCUCAGUUCACACAGCAUCAUCAUAGACAAACAGAGCAGAUGGAAACAGGAUCUGAUGAAGAGGACUGUGGAGGAGCAGAGGAAGCUAAGUAUUUUAAUCCAGAGAGUGAUUUACAACCAGAGAUUGAGGUCAAGAUUGAAGAUGCCUCUGAACCUGAGACUGAUGACAGCACUGAUUGGAGGGAGACAUCUGAACAUCAGUCAGGUUCAAACUCAGAGGGAAACAUCCAGUUCAAGAAAAAACAAAUGGAUAAAAACACACAUAGAUGCUGUGAGUGUGGUAAAAUUUUCAACAGGAAAGGUAAUCUUAUAGAUCACAUGAGAAUCCACACAGGAGAGAAACCUUUCAGCUGCACAGAGUGUGGUAAGUGUUUUACCCAGAAUGGCAGUCUAACCAAUCAUAUGUUAAUUCACACAGGAGAGAAACCCUUUAAUUGCUCUGUGUGUGGUAAAAGUUUUAACAAUAAUGGAAAGCUAACUCAGCAUAUGUUAAUUCAUACAGGAGAGAAACCCUUCAUCUGUUCUGUGUGUGGUAAAAGUUUUAACAGAAAAAGUUCUCUCAAAGAACAUAUGAAAAUUCACACAGGAGAGAAACCCUUCAGCUGCCCUGAGUGUGGUAAAAUAUUUACUAGAAAACAUAAUCUCACAGAUCAUAUGAAAAUCCACAAAGGAGCAAGCCCACUCAGCUGCUCUGAUUGUGGUCAAUUAUGUAGUUACGAAGGAAGUACAAUGGACAACAUGGGAGUUCACACAGGAGAGAAACCUUAUAGCUGUUCCAAUUGUAGCAAAAGAUUUAUCCAUCAAGCUCUUAUGGUCAAUGACAUGAUGGUUAACACCAGAGAAAAACUGUUUUCCUGCUCUGAAUGCAGCAAACUAUUCAGCCGUAAAUAUCAUCUGGCAAGGCAUAUGACAACACAUACAGGAGAAAAAUCCUUUGUCUGCUCUGUGUGUGGUAAAAGCUUUAACCAAAAUGGAACUCUAACAAAACAUAUGUUAGUUCACACGAGACAAAAGCUCUUCAGCUGCUCUGUGUGUGGUAAAAGGUUUAGAGAAAAGACAUACCUGACGAUUCACAUGGCUCAUCACAGAGGGGAGAAACCAUUAGGCUGCAAUGUUUGCAGUAAAAGAUUCUCAUGGCCUGGUUCAUUAAGAAGACACAAUUGUCUCGGCAGUACGGCAUCAGAGCUUAUUGAGAACAACACAGAGAAGAACAGAGAGACAAAACCAGAAAUAAAAGUAGAGGACUGUGGAGGAUCAGAAUGAGCUCCAAUCUCAGUUUCAAAUUGGAGUGACAGAAGUGAGGCCUGCACAUUGUGAUGAUUGGAUAGAUGCCUGCAAACAUCAGCAGUCAGUUUUUGAUUAUGUGGAACACAUUAAAAGGGAUUCGAAUUAAAAAAGAUAAGAAAUCACACAGCUUUUCUGAGUAUGUUUGGGUUGGAGGCUUCAGAACCCCUUCAGAAACAAACUGAGGAGAAAAGAGAGAAGCAGUGAGGAACUCGGUCCCAAAGAGGCAUUUCCAACCAGAGACUGAGGUCAAGACCAAAGACUUUUUCUUAACCUGAGAUCAAAGACAGUGAAUACUAGAAGGAGACCAGAGAAAAUCAGUAAUUUUUAAACACUCAAGUGAUUCAUUUUCAUUGAUGUUGUGAGAUUUAAUGAUAUUGAGAGACCACUCAUAAUGUGUUAAUACAUUCAGCUGGAAGUCUGGUGUAUUUUAUGCUAUUUAGUUAUAUGUUCACUUUGUCAGCUUAACCUGUUUGUUAACAGUGCACACAACACAUGUGUUGAUUUCACACCUUUGAUAACAAAUUCAACAGAAACUCGUGUCAAGUGACUGCAUCUUCAGGUCUGUCAAUCUACUUGGCUUGA